AUCGCAUUAACCACAGAACAUGAGUACACCUGAAGAUGACUUGCUCAAAACAGUUAGUGUCUAGGAAUGCACGAAUAUGUUCUUUCAAAGACAAUCUCAAUUACUCCAAAAUAGAACUGCUGCCAUAUUUAGCACGGUGCGUCUAGAGCCUAAUGGGAAGACUACAUGUCCGGCUGGGCGCGGUUAUGUAUCGCUUAUUUGAACAACUUGGGGGAGAUUUUCCCCGGAGGAGAAGAUGGCAAAAUUUAGAAGACCAUCUCUUUGUGAUCUUACCCCAUUUGUGUCCGUGUUAUCUUCCAAUUGUUUUGCCCGUUUUCGCUAAUAUGGAUAUCUUGAGAUUGAGUUCUUCAUUGCCCGCCGCCUUCAUACCUCGAAUCUGGGGAGUCUUUGCAAGAACACUGUACGCCUUCUCAGUUCUUGCACACUGGAGGGCUUGGCAAUUCGAUAAUCGCAGCGGAAGAGAUUUCCUCUUGUCUGAAGAUUUAAAUUAAAGGCAUAGUCUCAGUGCCCUUGUGGCGUUGCCCAGUUUGCCCAACAAAUAUAGGGCAUCAGGAUAUAGGUUAACAAAGAGAUACUCUUCACUGGGAGUGUGAAAUCUUAUGAGUUAUGUAUACAAGCCGCUUAUCAG